AUGCGUGAGGAGGUUGCGGCUGACCCCGAUGAGGCGCGGCGUCUCUGCACCUACCGGCCGCCAGCAGCUCCUGGCGUGACGGCCGGCCCGCCACAGCUGGGCGGUGGGCGGUCGGGGAUCGAAGUGCUGCAGCUGGCAUUCGAGAAGCACAAAGAGCAGACCGAUAAGGUACAAGAUCUGACGGAUAAGCACAUGGACUCGAUUUGACGCACUCUCUGGGGUUUGUGUGUCCAGGAGGUGCGCAGCAUGAAGGAGCGCUACGACAAGGAGAUGAAUAGCAUGAGGGCGCUGCUCGAGCAGCAACAGGAGGUGCGCAGAUCAGACGACCACAAUCUGGGCGUUGCGCACGGGUGGAUAUCUGUGUAUGGCCACGCACGCAGGAGAUGCGCAGCAUGAGGGAGCGCCACGCCAAGAUGGCGCAGGUCACGCGGCAGGUGAAUUGAUGACCCAUCCGCAGGCCAAGACGCUGCAGGCGUUGCAUGUGCGUAUGUAUGUGUGCGCAGGAGUCUGCAGAGAGGGAGGCUCGCCUCCGUUCUUGGCUGGAGCGUGAGGUCGCUGCCCGCCAGGCACUCGCGCAAGAAGUGCAGGUGAGAAAGGGGCAAGGCGACCGAAGGCCAAAAGGCGUAUGCUUCUGGUUGCGUUGCGUUGUGUGUGUCAGGAGCAGCGCGAGUAUUUGGUUGAGGAGGUGUCAAUUGACGUGCGCACAGAGUUCAGCGACCAGAUCAAGGACAUGAAGCAGCAGAUGAGCCAGAAAAUAGAGUCGUUCAGCGCCAAAAUCGACAGCUCACCUUCGGUAAGCUGAAGCUGGACACAAAUCUCAUGUGUUCAGGCACUCACUGACGUGUGCUGUGCCAUGCCUGCCUCUUGCAUGCAGCAUGCGGGUGUGGAGCUCAUGGCGGCCUCUCACUACAUCUGCACAGCCGGUCAGCAGGUUAGGAACAGACAGACUGACAGACGAAAAUCCUUGCCUUUACGGCGUAUGUGUUUGUGUGCGCAGUUUGUGCGUAGUCCUCGCUCUUUGGCAGCUAUCGCGCGCUGCGUGACUGGCUGCGUCGCUAUACGUACAUCAACACGAUGAAGCUACUCUACAAGUGACGCAUCACGCACACAGACACCUGUGCAGCUGAUAUGCCUUUCAUGCAUUUAGGUCAUCCCGUGAUGGUUUCAAGUAUGCCACCUUCUUCGACAAGACGCUCGGCGCUCGUCGGUCCCUCUUCCUCAUCCGAGACGGCCCCGCCCACCUCUUCGGACUCACCGUCGACGGCCCCCUCACACCGCCCCUCAACCCCACACGGUCCAAGCACACCCCCUGCGCCAUAUCCUUGUACAGCAUCAGCGGGGCGUAUGACGCGCCCACCAAGAUACCCCUGCCAGUAGAGGGGCAGAAGGUGGCGGUCGCUGGGCGGGAGGGGGCGUUGACGGGCAGCGAUGGGCAGCCACACGGCAAGGUGUGCAUCACCGGCCGGAAUGAAGCAGCUCUCUGGCUGGGUUAUGCUGACCCUGGCCCUGCUGCCGACCUCAGGACGUGCCACAUGUGGGUAAACAAGGCCCACUUGCCGGCCGGAUAUCGAGGGGCGCUGGUGGGAACGAAAAACAACGGCACACUGGCGACAGACAAGAACUUCACAGCGACGGAAAUCGAAGUGUGGGCACUGACGUGAAGGAAACAGACAAGGUGAGACGCCGACGAAGCAGCACGACACAUCCGUUUGUCCACCCUUAUUGUCGUGUCGUGUCGUGUCCGCGCUGGUUGCCCGUUUCUGUCAGAUAGCAGCAUCGGUGUGGAGUGUGUGUUGCCGGCUGGGUAGCCAUCGAAGCGACACUGGAUGUCGCGCACUCGUUGCCAUACCAAACGACAGACAGAGAGACAGACAGACAGACAGACCCAUCUACGUGUGCGCAUCCGUGCGUUGAUGAACGAGUGCACAUCCAUCCAUAUGUGUGUC